AAUUGAGAUGUUUGCUUGAACAAUGUUGAUUUCAUUUGUUAUAGAUUAAUUGAAUAGCGAAGUUUUAUUCAACAAUGAUACUUUCAUUUUUGUAAUGAAUUAUUAAUCAAUCAAUUACUCCCUCGUCCUCAAGAUAUUAAAUCUGCUUGACCUGUUGGUGCUUUAUGUUGUACUUUGAUUUUGUUCUCGUCUUUGAUUAAUGACCGUCUUCUCUUGUGAUGUCAAUCCGAGUUUUCCAUAUUUCUACUUGUUUUAUUUACCUUUCUUCUUUUAUUCCUUAUCCUUGUACUUCUGCUUGCAUGUUCUUGUAGUCUGGUCGGUGUAUAUGAUUAUCCUAUUAAGUUAAUAGGAUAAAUAUACACCGACCAGAAUAGUAUUAACAUUUUUUGGACCUAAAGUCCAAACAUUGUGAAUCUUUCUUGUUCUUGAGGGGGAACAAUGACUAAUCAAAGACCUGCUUCAAGUUGCUGUCAUUGGCUCACUCUUCUGGAUGUUGAACUUUCAUUUGAUUUGUAAAGGAAUGUAACAAUGGUUGCAGAGUGUAUCACACGAAUAAAAUGAUAUGUUUAAUAUUGUGUUCUGCAUUCGUUUGAAUUUUAACAUGUCUUUACAAUUUGAGAUAACGGUAUUGCAGGCAAUGGCAUUUGAUUCGGUCAUAGGUGGGAAGAGUUGUAUAAUAUCUGAUCAGAGUGGAUCUGGUAAAACUUUGUCAUAUCUGAUACCACUAGUGCAGCGACUUAGACAAGAAGAAAUCGAAGGACUUAGCAAAUCAAAGUCGCAAAAUCCCCGAGUUGUAAUACUGGUCCCUACUGCUGAUUUGGCUUCUCAGGUUUUGAAUGUUUGUCGUUCACUCUCAAAAGUUGGUGUCCCUUUCCGAUCUAUGGUUGCCACUGGUGGUUUUCGGCAGAAAACUCAACUGGAGAGUCUUAAACAGGGAAUAGAUGUUAUGAUUGCUACUCCUGGACGCUUCACGUUUCUAGUAAACGAGGGCCACCUGCAAUUGUCUGAUAUUAAAAGUGCCAUAUUAGAUGAGGUAGAUAUGCUCUACAAUGAUGAAGAUUUUGAGCUUGCAUUACAAACUUUGGUUGACUUGGCACCUGUCACUGCCCAAUAUCUAUUUGUAACCGCCACCUUACCUGUGGAAAUAUACAACAAACUGGUUGAGGUUUUCCCUGAUUGCGAGGUUAUAAUGGGUCCUGGUGUGCAUCGCACCAGCUCCAGACUGGAGGAGUUUCUCGUAGAUUGCAGCGGAGAUGAAAGAGCUGAAAAAUAUCCUGAUACAGCUUUUCUCAACAAGAAAAAUGCUCUUCUUCAACUUGUGGGGGAAAGUCCGGUGACAAAGACAAUUGUGUUCUGCAACAAGAUCGAGACAUGUAGAAAAGUUGAAAAUGCAUUAAAACGUUUUGAUCGUAAAGAAAUACAUGUGAAGUUACCCUUCCACGCUGCUUUAGACCAAGAAACAGGACUUGGAAAUAUAGAGGAAUUUCGUGGCACCCCAUCGAAGAAUAUGUCCUUGUUCUUGGUUUGCACAGAUAGAGCAUCCCGAGGAAUCGACUUUGCUGGGGUCGAUCAUGUAGUACUCUUUGAUUUCCCCCGGGAUCCAAGUGAAUAUGUGCGCCGUGUGGGACGAACAGCCCGAGGUGCUGGAGGUGCGGGAAAAGCCUUUAUUUUCGCUGUUGGUAAGCAGGUCUCUCUCGCGAGGAGGAUUAUCGAAAGAAAUCUCAAGGGGCACCCGUUGCACGACGUUCCGUCUGCUUAUGAGGUGAUGAGAAACUACAUACAUGAGACGACGAAGAUGGUUAUAUCGGCUGCCUUGUAGCUUUAGACAACUAGAGCGCCGCACACGAACGCCUGUGUGGUGCAGUCACUCGUCUUGGAGAGAAGGUUGAAACUCACUCUCUCCAACUUGCCAUCCUACUAUUGAUUACGGUUUUACAUUUAAUGGGAUUCGAAUUUUAACCUUCCGUUGUCUUCAUUUGUUGUGUGAAUAAAAUGUGAGUUAUUGAAA